AUGACAACUUCCCCAAUGGGAACAGAGCCACCUGCCACAGACAGCAGGGGAGACAUGGUACCCAUUGUCAUCUGCAUUAUUCUGGGGGUCCUUCUCUGCUUGGUCCUAAUCAUUCUGGCUGGGCUGGUGCAAAAAGGCAGAGCACAGCAGAAAGCAUCCAGAAAAUUCAUGCAGCCCUUCUCUGAGGCUGUGUAUGAAGAGAUUGACUACAGCUCAAUGAAGGAGAAGGGGCAAUCGUUUGCUCAUUCAGAAGCAUCUGUACUGCCCAGAGAUGCCACCAGCGAUGGUUAUGAUAAUGCUGGAGAAAUUUCUGAUCCAGAACACAGUUCUGCCUUUCACCAGAAUGAUGAGGAAGUCACUGAAGCCCCAGAGGAAAGUGAUGCGACAAGGGAUUCACAGACAUGUUGGAGUCUGCACUCCCAAAGAAGUGGAGCUAACAGAAAAGACCCAUCCCUGCCUCCUGGGGACAUAGAAUAUGAUGAUGCUGAAGAUGGUUUUGCUGGGACAUUGAUGUAAGAAUGUCUGUGUUUAGCACAAAUGCCCUGUGAGGACACACAUGCUAUAUGAUUAGGAGAUUCCUCUCAGAAAUGCUGACUGGGCCAAAGAGUUACUAGAAACUGUCCCUGCAUAGCCGGUAGCCUGAUCAGCUUCUUCUAGAGGCUGAUGUAGUUGCAAGUGUAUUAGUUUUAGUGAUAAUUUUUUUAAGUUGCCAUUGAUCAGGAUG